AAGGUCAUAGGUCAUGUAUGCUGUGGUUAGCUAGCAGCCGUGUGGUGUGUAAACGUUAGAUGCCGCAGUGAAGAGAUGUGGCAGCUCGUCUGCUUUACCUGCAGCUGAUUUUAUUUCAAGACCACCGAGAUAACUUAGAGUGAAUUCAGUGACAGCGGUGGAGAUAACCGACCAGCCUUAUCCACCCACCAGCCAACUAGCGAGCCUGGCCUUUGUGUACCUGCUUCUCAGGUAAGAGGUGAGCAGGGGGCAGGGCCACCCGCACGGUAGGAGGGAUGCCUGUGGAGGGCGGAAGCAGCAGUGGCUCUGCUUCAGCUGCCCGUCACCCCAAGCAGAAGCGCAAGGCUCACAGCUUGUCUAUCCGGCGCACCAACAGCACAGAGGAGAGGCCAGCAGGCAUCCAAAGAGGAGACAUGCUGGAGGGACAGGACUCCAAGCUGCCCCUCUCCUUACGGACCAAUCUUCUUGACCUUUUUGGCCAGAUUGAGCGCGAGUUUGAAAAUCUUUACAUCGAAAACCUUGAACUACGGCGGGAAAUUGACUCUCUGAAUGAGCGUCUGACUGGAGAUGGACAGACUGUUGAGGGAGGAGACCCCACCAAAGGAGCUCUGAAAACAAAAGCCAGCCACAGCACCAGUCAACUGUCACAGAAGCUGAAGACGACCUACAAAGCCUCUACCAGCAAGCCCUUGUACACUUUCCACAGCAAAAUAGGUGGACCUCGCAACUUCAGUGUGGCUUCAUGGGAGUUGUGGGGAGGAGAUUCAUGGAUUGUGUCCAGCUUUAAAGCCACCACAGGGUCCCGGGCUUUGUGCCAGCUGCUCAAGGAGUACAUGGGCCAUCGGGACGGGAUCUGGGACCUCAGCGUCACCCGAACUCAGCCAGUGGUCCUGGGCACCGCUUCUGCAGAUCACUCAGCUCUGCUGUGGAGUAUAGAGACUGGGAAGUGUCUGCUGAGGUAUGCCGGCCAUGCAGGAUCAGUCAACUCCAUAAAGUUCCACCCCACAGAGCAGAUGGCCCUCACAGCCUCUGGGGACCAGACGGCUCACAUCUGGCGCUACAUGGUGCAGCUUCCUGCCCCGCAGCCACCACCAGAUGUCAGUGCUCCAUGUGAUGACGACCAGGACUCGUCAGACAGAGAAGAAGGUGAGGUGGAUGGCGAGGGCCCUUGUGAGGUCCCCACCGUCCGGGUCCCUACAGCAACCCUGAAGAGCCACCAGGGUGUUGUGAUCGCAGCUGAUUGGUUGGUGGGAGGUCGACAAGUGGUGACAGCUUCCUGGGAUCGUGCUGCCAACCUGUAUGAGGUGGAGACGUCUGAACUGGUUCACGCACUCACUGGACAUGACCAGGAGCUGACCCACUGCUGUACUCACCCCACCCAGCGGCUGGUGGUCACCUCAUCCAGAGACACCACCUUCAGACUGUGGGACUUCAGAGACCCGUCCAUCCACUCUGUCAACGUCUUCCAGGGACACACUGACACUGUGACAUCAGCAGUGUUCACGGUGGGCGACAAUGUGGUUUCAGGGAGUGACGACCGCACUGUAAAGGUGUGGGAUUUGAAGAACAUGAGGUCGCCUAUAGCAACCAUCCGCACUGACUCAGCUGUGAAUAGGAUAAGCGUCUCUGCCAACCAGAGGAUCAUCGCUCUGCCACACGACAAUCGACAAGUCCGACUGUUUGACAUGAGCGGAGUGAGGCUGGCCAGACUUCCACGCAGCAACAGAAUGGGUCACAGGCGAAUGGUGUGUUGUACAGCCUGGAAUGAAGAGAACCAGUCGUGCAACCUGUUCACCUGUGGCUUCGACCGACAGGCCAUCGGCUGGAACAUCAACAUCCCUGCGCUGCUGCAGGAGAAGUGAUGUCACUGACACACACACACACACACACACACACACACACACACACACUCACACACACACAACAGAAACACAGCAAAAUAGGAGACGGUACACAAAAACACUGUAAUCUGUGGCCUCGCUCGUGCUUGUAUGUUCAAAGUGUCUAUCUAGUGAAGCAUUUUAGUUUUCGUGAAAAUACUACCGUUACGUUUUAGGACGCAGAUAUUAACACUUGAUCGGAGUGUAUUCCCCUGAUGAAUUACACUAAUUUACUGUGUACACCUGCAGAUGAAACCUCCUGGUGUCAAAUGACUGACAUGGUUACCACAUUUUAAAGUCCAGGUGCGUGCGAGGCCGCAGAGCUGAUCUCCUGUGUUUGACCCUCUCCCUUAUUUAGCAUGCAUUGUGAAGUUGUGACACGGCUAGGCUGAUUCUUUUGCUCCUAGCCUUUUCUGUUUUAAAGUAUAAAAGUAUAUAUAUUUGACUCCACAGUCAUAGGCUGCUGUUCACAUCACUGUUGUUUAGUUACUGCUGAAUGGUUGCUCUUGCAUGUAGAUAAUCUCAGUUUGCAAAUGUUACUUGUAAAGAAAUGAGAGAACGACUAUAAGGCCAGGAGAGUUUGUAGAAUAUGAUAUAAAGAAGUUAUGUAUAUAUUAUGUCGUGGCCUGAUUAAGUGACCUGUGCUGCAGGUUCUUGCUGUUUCAUGGAUUAAGUGUCUUACAGAAAUCUACCUGUUACGGGUGGAGUUUGGCAGAGACAGAGUGGUUCUGUGAAAUGUUUUUAUCCUUUUAGUCAGACUUGAAAUAUUUCUCAUCAUGAAACAAAACAAAUAAUAUUCAGGCCUGACAGGUGACCUUCGCAGCACUCAGGCUGCGGGGUCAUUUGGUUGUCUUAAAAUGUUUCAGGAUCUGCUGUUCUGUCCGAAAGUUUUCACCAAUUAAGAUUCGACUCUUUGCCUAUUACCUUUGAUGCUUUCAAUUCACAGCCAGCCUCUGUAUUUCCAGAUUUUGUUGUCAAUAUUUCAAUUGAUACUGUAACUGCCUUGUUCCAUGUUUACAGUAGGAUUUCAUUUUCUAACGUUUUGCUCCGUUCUGCCUCUCUGUCAGACUGCAAAGUGUCAAGAGCAUAGCAAUAAUGGGAAAACGACUGCACUUCUGUUGUUUGCAAAUCUUUUGUAGGUCUGUGAUCGGGAUGUGUUCGACAUUAUCAUAACCUAGUAUUUUCUGUAUGUUGCAGGUUUAGGUGUCAGUACUCUUAGCCAUAAUAUGCACCCAUGAUUCCUCAGUGUUGGUGAAAUACAGACCCAAUCUUCUUCAGCCUGUUGCCAACUCAGAUCCCUGUUGCUGUAAUGUGUCAUCCCCAAGUGAACUUGUCAGUUACUGGUCAUUUCUGUGCUUCAGUAACAGCCUGUCAAUAUGAAGUUAUAGUGUUUACACUUUGCAUUGAACCCUUAGCCUUGUAUGACCUCUUGGACCUUUUGUUGUGGAUGGCGCUGUCAAGUCUGUGAGAAGCACUCUUUAUCCAAAUUCAGAAGCAAUAACCCAACUCCUUUGUGUUUCUGGUGCUCAGAGUGAAGCCCAUUUGUCUUAUGGAUAUCAGCGACUUUAAACACACACUGAAUCUCAUUUUGAGAACUAGAAGAACUAGAUGAGUUGGGCUUGACCGGAAUCCAGGAAACUCUUUAUUUGUUACACUUGUGCAAUAUACGAAACAUGAAGUCAUGCUGUAGUUUCUGAUCUUCUUGUUUAACUUAUUUCAGUGCUGUAAACCCAAUACAAAGAUUUUAUGUACUUGUGUGACUGGUGUAGAUGUAGCUCAGUGUACAUAGGUAUGCAUAACUUAACCCAAAGUUGGCGUCAGACUUCACACUUUACCGCUGUUGCUACCAACAAUGGAGUCAGGAUGGAUUUUGAAGUGGCAUGAACCUAAAAAUGUAAUAAGCGUAUUGAAAUGCCUUACCAUUGCAUUGAAAAUGGUGUAUUAGCCUUAUCCAUCUGAGCAUCAAUGCACUUUUCCAAAUUCUAGUUAAAUAACUAAUUGUGUUCCACUGCUCAGUGCAGAUAGGAUUUUUAUCCCUGUUUCAUUCAAGGAACUCAAUCUCGCGCCCACUGAUAUCAAUGGCAUUUUAAUCUGCAGGCAAGUCUGAUUUGUGCCCCACAUAUGAAUUCCAGCUCAGAGGAAAUAUGAUUCUGGAUUGAUACAUUAAAUUAUUGUGUGCCAGAUUGAAGGGGGGUAAAAAAAAAAAGUGGAUAGGCUUCGCUUCAUUGUAGCGAGUCAUAUUCACCUCAAACUUCAUUAUGUGAUCUACUUUGCAUACUUUAUUGUGACGGGUACGUGCUCUGACACUUUCCAAUAAAAUGUGUGAUUUUCUUCUCCCAGUC